GUCGGCCGCCGGAGCGCGGGCCGCGGCCAUGGCCAAGCUGCAGGGCUUCGAGUUCUGGCGCCGGACGCUGCGGGGCGCGCGGCACGUGGUGGCGCCCAUGGUGGACCAGAGCGAGCUGGCCUGGCGGCUGCUGAGCCGGCGCCACGGCGCGCACCUCUGCUACACGCCCAUGCUGCACGCGCAGGUCUUCGUGCGCGACGCCAACUACCGCCGCGACAACCUCUACGGCGCCGUGAGCCCCGAGGACCGGCCGCUCAUCGUGCAGUUCUGCGCCAACGACCCGGACGUGUUCGUGCAGGCGGCGCUGCUGGCCCAGGACCACUGCGACGCCAUCGACCUGAACCUGGGCUGCCCGCAGAUGAUCGCCAAGAGGGGCCACUACGGCGCCUUCCUGCAGGAGGACUGGGACCUGCUCCAGCGCAUGGUCCUGCUGGCGCACGAGAAGCUCUCCGUCCCCGUCACCUGCAAGAUCCGAGUCUUCCCGGAGAUCGACAAGACGGUGCGCUACGCGCAGAUGCUGGAGAAGGCCGGCUGCCAGCUGCUGACCGUGCACGGGCGCACCAAGGAGCAGAAGGGGCCCCUGACGGGCACGGCCUCCUGGGAGCACAUCAAGGCCGUGAGGAAGGCCGUGGCCAUCCCCGUGUUUGCCAAUGGGAACAUCCAGAGCUUGCGGGACGUGGAACGCUGCCUGCAGGACACGGGCGUGCAGGGCGUCAUGAGUGCUGAGGGGAACCUGCACAACCCCGCGCUGUUCGAAGGCCGGAGCCCGGCCGUGUGGGAGCUGGCGGAGGAGUAUCUGGAGCUGGUGCGUCAGCACCCCUGCCCACUGUCCUAUGUGCGCGCCCAUCUCUUCAAGCUGUGGCACCACACGCUGCAGGUGCACCGGCAGCUGCGGGAGGAGCUGGCCAAAGCCAAGAGCCUGGACGGGGUGGCCGCCGUGAGCCGCGAGCUGAGGCUGCGCUGCCAGGAGGAUAUGUCCAGACAGGACAUGGGGGACAGGCCUGCAGGUGACGUCUCCCUGUCCCACUGGAUCUGCCAGCCCUACUUCCGGCCUGAGCCCAAGGAGGGGAGCCAGCCAAGCAGGGGCGCCCGGAGCAAGCGGGCUCUAGAGGAGGAAGAGGAAGGCGGCCCAGAAGUGCUUUCCAAGAACAAGCAGAAGAAGCGUCUGCGGAACCCCCACAAGACCUUCGACCCCUCACUGAAGCCAAAAUAUGCCAAGUGCGAGCAGUGCGGAAACCCCAAGGGCAGCAAGUGUGUGUUUGAGCUGUGCCGGGCCUGCUGCAAGAAACGCGCCUUCAGGGAAACAGCCGACUGCCCAGGUCACGGGUUGCUUUUCAAAACCAAACUGGAGAAGUCUUUGGCCUGGCAGGAACCUCCGCCUGCAGAAAUGGGCAAGCCAGGCAGUUUGGCCAUGGCGGGCGGUGCUUUGGUCUGAGGCUGACACAGCCCACAGCCGCCUGGACUCGGCUGAAGCCUUUUCACUCAGGGAAACUGCUGCUCCGCGGGAGUAACCAACGACCCCGACUGCCCCGCCCCACUGUAUGUGUGUGUGGAAGAACAAUAAA